AUGGCCGCUACAAAACGUAAACAGCAGACGGUGCAAUUUCUAUUCGAGGCAUCGCCGGAGAACAAUAUUACGCGAUGUGUGAUCAGUAAAACAUCGAACACCUUUGGCAAUAAUGAAGAAGGGGAUUCUGACGAUGACAGAUCUGCGCAAAUUACUAGCGAUAAAGUAAUUGAUCGAAAAGAAUCGCGGUUAAAUACUUAUAGGAAUAAUGAACUGACUAGUUUCAUGACAGGUAGACGGGCAUUGAAUGUUGACAAAGAAAGCGACGGGGAUUAUAUGAAGAUAGACGAACAAACUCACCAAAGUCACACCGAUAAGGUAAUUAGAUUAAGGGAAUUUUCAAAUAGUUUCAGCUGUGAGAAUAAAAGCUCACAGGCGUUCAUUCUAACUUUCCUGACUUUUAUUGUACUUUUUAUUAUUCUGAUAGCCAUCACCUAUAGAUCGCGAUUACAGGGGCAUGACCAUCACUCUCAAAUCUCAAACUUUAAAUUUAACAUAAUAUUGCAUGUAUGACUGAUUUUAAUUGUUGUAUUUCGAGUAUAAAUAACUGUCUGCCUAUCUAUUUUAGGGAAUUUUACAGGAACACUUGGGCUCUAAGUCAACGCGCAGUAGUUCAAAUAGCAGUGAUGGAAAUAACACGAUGAUAAACACCAUUACUGUAUCAGAACAUAUUUCACAUGGUACAACCGAAGCGAGUAAGUUCAAAAUCCUAAAUGAUUCUAACCAAAAAGAACAAAAUGCAUGCAAUCCUGGUGAGUUAUAUAACACAAACCAAAGCCAUAAACAAGAAAUACGGUCUACCAAAACUACACUGAGUGCUAGACCUGAUUAUGAAAAUCACAAUAAUUUCCAUAAUACGAUCCAACAAAGUCGACUGUCUAAUCCCAAGGAUAAUGACCCCAAAGAGCAAUUUCCUGUUAAAAGUGGUCCGAAACAUCUCGAAGCAAGGCAUGAAAGUACAAAGUUAUCACUCAAUGUUGGUGGUAAAGAUAAGGAUCUAGAAUGUGAAAUAAUCAAUCAUUUCAAUGCAGAAUUUUAUGAUGAAAACGAAUCAAAGUAUCUGCAUGUUAUUGAUUAUGACAUGCAAGAACCAGUUUCGGUUAUUAGGAGUUUCGAUUAUUCACAAAACACACAUCAAAGUGCAAAAGGUAUUGGCGAUAAAAGAAGUGAUGGUCUCAGUGAAUCUUAUAAUGGUUUUAACACUACAAUUCAAGAAACCGUCCCUAAUUUUCUACAAGAUGAUAAUCCUGAUAGACAAUUACCGGAUCUGGGUAAUCCUCGAAGAUUACAAGGAAAACAAACAAAACUAUAUGCAAAUAUACCAAGUAAUGAUAAUGCGGUUGACACUGGAAUUGAGAAUAUUACGUUUGAAGGAGAUUUAUAUUACAGAAAACAACCUGGAAACAAGGUAAAAAAUUUGGUACACGAUUAUGAGCUUCAGGUUCAAGAAAAUAGCAGUCAUCAUAAAUUAGAAGAGAAACACGAAGAUCAGUUACAUUUAAAUAAAAACGCUGUCCAAUCACCAUAUACCGAACGUCAUAAUACUGGAACUAACAAAAGUCUUACAAAUCAUGUUUCGCCUUUGAAUUUAGAGGAGCCAUCAUUGAUCGAAUCUUCUCCAUUGCACAAACGAGAGUUAGGAUCAGAAAAGAUUAUUUACGUAUCAACCACCAAAGCCAGUAACGAACGUAGUACACGCCAUAUUCCCGAUUCUAAUUCAGAAAAACCGCCAGUAAUUCCUAGUACUAAGGAUUUGCAGUCUUUGGAGGAAACGGUGUCAGAAUCAGAGCAUUUGAAAAGUAUAAUUGCCACCAAAGUCAAUAAUACGGGUGAUAUUUAUUCAAUAACAAGAGAAGAUAAUACAAGCUUUGUUCCUGAUUCUAACACAAGCAAACAAUCACCGAAUGCCACAAACACGAAUGACUUCAAGUCAAAGGUUGGGAAAGAUCAUUCUUCACGAUCUGAUAACAGAGAAUUAAGGUCUGAUUAUGAAUUCCAAGCUGGUGGUUCCCAAGUCACUCGAGCGCACUGGUAUGACAUUCAUAGCCCGUUACAUGAAUCUUCGCAAGACGUACAACGGGCUCCUAAGGAAGAAAACACCUUCACACCACCAUCAAGGGAGGAAAACACCUUUACAUCACCACCAUCAUCGGUGAUGUACAACACAGCGAGGGGGGAAAGCGUUAAUGAAAUGCGAAGCAAGAGAUGGAAAAGCUUAGGAGAACUUGAUUAUUUUGAUCAAGUGGAGGAAUACAAGUUACCUGAAAAACUGAACAAGACUACAGCAUAUCCAAUCAGGGAACAGGCUAUGACUGAUAGGAAUAAUAACGUAGAUACAAUGUACUUUAGUACAAUACCAAGGAAUCAUGAGUUUAAUUCAUUACCAAGAAAUUACGGCAUUCAAAAUGCUCAGAGACUCGAUUUAGGUUACGAUGGCAAUAGUACUGAAACGCUGUCAUUUAAUGCGAAAACAGUACACCGAAUGCCUUUUCUAAAUAACCAUGUACCUAAUAUGAACAACGAUAACAAUUCUGAGAAGGUCGUUUCAAGUUUCGAAAGCAAUAGUGUUCAAGCGCACAAACCUCUCUAUGGCACAAGAGCAAAGCAAGCUCCUUCUCUAACAGGAAAGAAAUAUGUACCAAACAUGUACAACACUAGUAAUGCUCCGAUGAACAGUUCAAGUUUCGACAUCAAUAGUACUACAACCCUGUCACCCGAUGGCAAUACGGAAAAUCAAUCCCCUUCUAUAAGGAAAUAUAUACCAACCAUGCAAAACACAAACAGUACUGAGAAAGUCAGAGCAGGUUUCGAGAAGAAUGGUGAUAAGACCCUGUUCCAAACAUCAAAUCAUUCUCCUUCCCUAAAUAAGAAACGUGGAAAACUAACUAACUACCCCGACUCUUCAUCGAGAGUUUCUAAGGAUAACCUCAGUUCUUCCCCAACUGCUCUGGAAACAUUAGAUCAAUUUCCCAUGAAACGAUCCCCUUUGCCGACAAGGAAGAAUGAAAAACUGUCUCGAUAUAUCCAAAAAGUUGACAACUCUGAUUCCUUAUUAUUUCACCAAAUAUCGCAAGAUCAAGCCAACAAACUCAAAGAUUAUAAUAACAAUCUCAGUUCUUCACUAACUGCUCUGGAAACGCUUGAUCAAUCCCCGAUGAAGCGAUCCCAAAAGAUAAAAAAUCUUGUUAACAUUGAGUAUUACGAUAUCAACUCCGACGACGAGUUGAACAGUAAGAUCAAACGGAGGCCAAGAACGAAAAGCUUGAACGAGGAUGACAAAACGACGGAAGAUGUUGCACUGAAAAGAGAAUUUAAGAGUAGCGGAGAUUUACGGUCUGUUGGAUUGAGCCACGACGAGAUAAAUGCGGGCAGAAAAGCAAGAGAAAGGGGGAGUGGAGUGGAGUCGAGUUUUGUUAGCUCAACGCGAACGCAUGGGAAAUAUACUAAACUGUACAUGGAUUCCAUUGCAUAUGGUAGGCAUCCACAAGGGAAAAUGCCAAGUAAUGAUAGUACAGAAACAGAUCGUAGUUCGUCCCACAAACCAAAUCCUUCCAUUAAAGUGAGUUCGCAUGACAGAAAUUUAGAUCUUGCGUACAAAGGCAGUCAUGUUCGAAGUGACAAUGCAGCUAACCUUACAACCGUUUCAAAACAAAAUGAAGGUAGAAUGAAGAGAUUACCAAGUCUACUACACGACACACCGAAAAUUGACAAUACCAUGAAACACCACAGAGGAUAUAUAGAGGGUAUCACACUGAAAUCUACUGUUAAGAGUAUACCAAGUCCACUAAAGAAAUUUAGUAGUUUUGCAACAAAAAUGGACAAUUCCACAAAACAACACGCAAACGAUAUUAGAGAUACCACGCCCAAACCUAUAGUAUAUCCAAUUGAGGACCUCAAAGCAAGUGAAGGCAAAUAUAAUAUUGCAAAGGCGGAGGAAGAAUGGAAGAAGAGAUACGGUAGACUUCCAUAUAACAGCAAAGAUCCGCUUCAUAAGUCAUCUGACAAGGAGUUUGGAAGAUUAUUCCAACAUUCUGAGAGGAAAACUACGACUCAAAGUAGUUCGAAAGAGACUGGAUUAACAAUGAACAGUUCUGCACUACAAGGGGAAAUGGACACCUCAUCUUCUAGUCUGUUUAGUCCAAAUAGGACUGAAAAUGAGGACGAAAAGAGGAAAAACAGUCAAUCAAAAGAGUUCUCAACCACACUAAACCAGCUCUCUAGUUACGUGCUAUCUGGUUACAAAGUAGAUCAGCCCCAAACGUCCCUACCAAAUAACCAAGAAAACACUAGGCCAGGAAUUACUGUUAAACAUAAACGGUAUUAUUCAGACGAUGAAGGAGAUCUCUCCCACAUAUUAGAUGAUCCCAACGAGUCCAGAAAACUAUCCAUGCUAGUUCAUGCUAUCAUUAGAUUAAGAGAAGUGUAUAACAUCCAACCAUAUACCAAACCUCAAACGCCCGAACACCCGAUAAAUUUAGGGAACCCGCAACUGCGCGAUGCAAUUGAGAACAAGCCAAUGAGCGUUGUGAAAGAUUUGAUAUUAGCCAAUAAGAGAGUGGAUAUUAAUAUACGCAGCCAAUCAGGUAACUCGGCUCUGCACAGAGCAGCAAUGGAAGGUGAUAUCGAUGCUGUUCGUAUUUUGAUCAAUCACGGUGCAAAUGUAAAUACAAGGGAUAGAAAUGGUUUCCAACCCGUACACAACGCAUUGAGAUGUCAUCAUUACAAAGCAGCGAUGUUUCUGAUGGAUUGUGGCAUGGAUCUUGUGAGUUAUACAUCGAUGAGGAUACGCGAAUUUGUGAACGUCAAGGCGAUUGCAAAGCAGUAUUUGAGACAAACUUUGAAAACACCGCUAUAG